GCAUCACACAAGGAAACAAAAUCUCGAAUCUUCUUUGUUUGGCUUCGCGUGAACGAGAUCCAGUGGAGAGCUCAGAUGAGGUGAUCAGUAAUCGGCUCUCCAGUUUUGGUGUGAAGUAAUGACGGACAAGCAAGAGGUGGAGUGGAGCGGGAGCGAGAGCGAGAGCGGCGACUAUACAUUGGAGGAUGAGGGAACAGAGAAUUACAGGCGCGGUGGUUACCACGCAGUCAGAAUCGGAGACACCUUCAAUAAUGGACGUUAUGUCGUCCAAAGCAAGGACGGCUGGGGCCAUUUCUCAACCGUUUGGCUCGCCUGGGAUGCUCAAGUCUCAACAAAGUCGACGAUGAAAAUGGAGGCUUCAUUGCCGUUGUGAUGCGGGGAAUGCAAGGUUUGAAUUUGAAAUUUAUGAGUUUAAGAAUGAAUUUGAAAUACAAUGAUUUUAAGUCU